AUGGGCUGUGUGGCGUCGCGCACCAGGCCCGAGCUGGAUGAAAAGCGCGCACUGCUGGAGCAGUAUGCAUCUGGGGUGUCUGUGUGUGCAAAGCCCGUUGACACGACGCAGCGCCUCGCGCAGCUGCGUCACGUCAUGCGCGCGUGUGGCGUCGACGCGUAUGUGAUUGGAACCGAGGACGCACAUGCGUCUGAGUACGCGGCGCCAUGCGACCAGCGCCUUCCAUUUAUUACGGGGUUCACAGGGAGCACGGCCACGGCCGUAGUGUGUCUCGACGCUGCCCACUUCUUUACGGAUGGGCGGUACCAUGUGCAGGCAUCCGAGCAGCUGGAUGUCAAUUGGACGCUGCACAGGGUCGGCGAGCCGGACGUCCAGCCAUGGACCUCGUGGAUCACCGAGCUCCCGCACGGCAUGCAUGUUGGUAUGGAUGCGGCACUCGUUCCUCACACGCUUGCUGUGCGCCUGCGGGCCGCGCUGCAAUCACAGCACAAGACGCUGGUGUGCCCCGAGCUGAAUUUGGUCGAUGAGGUGUGGGGUGCCGAGCGGCCACCGCCCACUCUUACGCCUGUCUACGAGCAUUCGAUGGAGUAUGCUGGCGUUGAUGCAGCGUCAAAGAUUCGCGACCUGCGGCAGUGGCUAGCAGACCACCACGAAGACGCAGCGUAUGUGCUGUCCGCGCUCGACGAAGUGGCAUGGCUGCUCAACCUGCGCGGCGCGUCAAUUCCUUGCAAUCCCGUGUUUCCCGCCUACGUGAUCGUUACGGCUGACGACGUUGCCAUGUUUGUGGAUGAGCGCCUUUUGACGCACUCUGUGCGUCUGUACUUAGCCGCGAUGGGCGUCUCGCUGCACGCAUACGAACACAUUAUGACAUGGCUGCGCGAUACCCCGCUAUCGAAGAUCCUCGUCGAUGAGCGUGCGUCGCAUGCGCUUGUGCAUGCGGCCGGCGAGAACCGCGUCGUGGUGCAGCCAGCCGCUAGCCCCGUGGCCCUAGCCAAGGCGUGCAAGAAUGAAGUCGAGCAGGCCGGCCUGCGCCAUGCCUACCUGCGCGACGGCGCUGCAUGGGUCAAGUGGGCUGCAUGGCUCGAGGAGGCGAUGCGCCGCGGUGCGACCAUCACCGAGCGCCAAGCAGCAGACGAGUUGGCGCGCCUGCGGGCAGCUGAUCCGCUGUUUGCAGGGAUGCAAGCGUACGAUGCGAUUAGCGCAGCUGGCCCAAAUGCUGCGCUUCCCCAUUACGAGACGCCGACUACGCAUUCGCGUGUAUUGGACCGCGAGACACCGUACCUGAACGAUUCUGGCCCGCAAUACCAUGAUGGAACGAUUGAUACAACACGCACCAUGCACUUUGGGCGCCCGAGCGCCGAGCAGAAACGUGCCUACACGCGCGUGCUGCAAGGGCACAUUGCCCUGGCGUGUGCCCGUUUCCCUGCGGGAACGACGGGCGCGCAGCUCGAUAUGCUAGCGCGUCAGCCACUGUACCAGGAUGGGUACAACUAUAUGCACGGCACGGGGCACGGCGUCGGCUCGUUCUUAGCGGUGCACGAGGGCCCACAUGGACUGUCCUCGUCGUCAGGUGGCGCCACAGUGCCAGUGCCACUACAGGAGGGCAUGGCGCUAAGCAACGAGCCGGGCUUUUACGAAGUGGGCCACUUUGGCAUCCGUAUCGAGUCAGUCGUGCUAGUGCGCCGCGCCACGACGCACCGCGACUUCCAAGGCCCGUGGCUAGAGCUCGAGACACUCACGCGCGUACCGAUUUCAACUCGACUCGUCGAUCAGCGUCUGCUGAGCCCGAUGGAAGCGCAGUGGCUCCGCGCCUACAACCGGCAGUGUCGCGACGAGCUGCUGCCUCUCGUGCGAGGCGAUCGACGCGCUGAGAAAUGGCUUCGGUGGCAAUAG